AACACUUCGGUGGAAACGGACGUUAAAUGAAGGCCUUUCACACACGCCAAACACACUUAUCAGCAGUGAAUAUUCGCUUGGCAAAACCUCUAUGAAACAGAUGAGCAAAACAGUAGGCUUCCGUUUGGGGCUAGGCUGUCGUGGGCGAUGUUGUCUACGGAUGAUGGAAUACUUAUCUGGAUAAUCGAGAAAACAACCCAAGAGAGUUACAUCCCUUGUCAAUUUCCGUUGUGAAUGACGCCAACACAAGAAAAAAAAAGAGAAAAGGUGUAUUUUGUUGGUUUAGGAAAAAUAAAUGGUCUGAAAAUUAAAUCUUGAUUUAUGGAUUUAAACAGUUUUUAUAUGGAUUAGUUUAUCAGAUAUUUUAUAAAUAUGGCAACUAGUGGGGGUGAUGUAAUUGCAAAUGAAAUCGAUUCGUCAGAUGAUGAAGAAGUCCAACGAAAUACUGAAAGAACUAUCAAACAACAUCAAAAAGAUAUAACUUCUGAAGAUCUCUCGAACCCAGAUACACUGCUACAAAAACUAGAAUCUGUUGAGCUUACUGAAGAAGAUACAGAAGAAUUGCUUCAUGAAGCGUAUAAAGUUAACAUGAAAUUGAAAGAGAUUUUGAGGCGCCAGGAGCAAAAUGAUGGUAUUCAGAUGAGAAGGGUUCAUACAGCUGGUGGACUUAGCGGUAAAAAUGGAGGACCCAAAAAAUUCAGUUCUCAGAAAUCUCCUCUGCCUCCUAUUUCUACAGAUGUCGAUGGUUUGACUAGAAAUGCCUACACAUCUCAUGCUGGUACAAGAACUGCUUCUCAGAGGAAUUCAAAUCGAGUCACAUCAUCACAGAGUAAAAGGAGUCCAUCCAGAAGAAAAGCAUCAGCAAAGGAAACUAAACCAGAUUGGGAUUCGAGAUUUUCUUAUGGCUAAUCAUUCUAUUUUUUUUUUUUUUUUUUUUUUACUAUCGUAAACCAGUAUUAUUUUCCAUUAAGGAAGAAACAAAGGGAAAGAAUAAUAGCAAAUUAUAUGCUAAUUCUUUAAAUUAUUUUAUCUUGUCAUUAAUUUAAAACAGCAUUAUACUUUACAUUGAUAUAUAUUACAUUCUAUUAUGAUCUUGCCAUUAUGUAGAUCUGCCUUCUAAUGUACUUUGUAGUUUAACUAAUUGUAGAAAGCAAGUGAGGGAAAAAACAACCAAACCUCCAAAUAGUUAAUUUUCCCUUUCUCAUAAUGAAAUAGUCAAAUUAUAAACAUAUAUUAUUUGUAUGUACAUGGAUAAAUAUGUGUUGUACAUUUGUCUUAAAUAUAUAUAUAUAUUUAUGUCCGCAUUAUUGACUAGUUCAAUAUUUUUUAAAUUUUUGUACAAAUGUGAUUUUUAGUUUAGUGUAUUUAUUGAUAUGUUAUAAAUAAGUUUCAAUAUUCUCACUGCUUCACUAUCCAUUGGUCCCUAAAUUAAAGAAGACUGCACUUAUUGGGGCACAUCCUUCUCCAUAUGAACAGUUUUUGAGUUGAUAACAGCUGAAAUGCAAGACUAAAUUACCUCCCUUCUUUUUACAGAAAUUUGAUUUAGUAGGCGUGAACAAAUUUAUUUCACUAAAUUCUCAAUCUGUUUCACAGAGCUCUUUUAAUAUCUCUGUUACAGAUGACUGUUUCGACAUGUGACGUCACAUCACACGGCGUCAAUCAUUGGCUCAAUAGCAAGUGCAUUGUUUAAAUAAGACGUUACUGAUUUGGGCUAAAUGGUGAAUUUUGCUUAUUUUAAUACCCAUUUACACUAAAUAGGAAAUGAUUUUUACCUACAAACAAUUCAAACGUCUUUAUUUAUUUUUCUAAUAAAUGCAAAAAAUGUUUUAGAAUUUAAUUUGACGGAAGAAAAAAGUUAAUAUUUGGGACUCAUUAAGUCGCAUCCAUGUCAUCCUUAUCAGUGAUUGUAGCGACCUAGCGAACAUUCACUGCUGAUCAGUGUGCUAAAUUCUAACAUUGUUCAGGGAAGGGAUUUUAUGUAAUAAUUUUGAAUCUGUGUAUUUGUUCAUACCCUUUAAUAAAUUGGACAAUAAAUGGAGAACUUGACAAA